AUGGGCCGCAAAAAGAGGAAGCAGCUCAAGCCGUGGUGUUGGUACUGCAAUAGAGAUUUUGAGGAUGAAAAGAUCCUCAUUCAUCACCAGAAGGCAAAGCACUUUAAGUGCCCAUAUUGUCAUCGCAAAUUAUUCACCGGUCCCGGUCUUUCAAUUCACUGCAAUGCGGUAAUUUGUCUCCACAUACUUGACCGCCAGUAGGUCCAUAAGGAAAAACUUGACAAAAUCCCCAAUGCCCUGCCUAAUCGGUCAAGUACCGUCAUCGAUAUAUAUGGCAUGUCGGGAAUCCCAGAGGCUGAUAUUCUAGAGCAUGAACGGCAGAAACUCGGCAUAGAAGGUAUAUUUUGGAAAGCACCUUACCCCUUCUAGGCGAGGAUGAACCACCCGAGAAGAUGGAGAAGUUAGAAGACGAGACACCAACUACCUCUUCUUUUGUUCCACCCGUUCCUCUGCCGUUCCUGCCGCAACUUCCUGGAAUGAUGACAUACAUGCCUAUGCCGUGUCCUAUCCCUGGGAGGUAAUCUGUAUUAUGCCGCUAAACUACUGUUUCUGUAGCGUGCCUCCAUUUAUACCUCCGGCAGUGGGGCCUGCUCCUCCACCACCCCCUCCUCCGCCUCCACCCCCACCACAAAUAGCGGAACCUCGGCCUCCCGAAGUAAGCCAUUCUUCCAGAAUCAUCAACAUGCUUUCCGUAGCCGGCGCCGAAACCUACGUUCCCCGCAUACUCUGAUGUAGAAGUGUCGAAGGGUCCUGUACAAAAAAUAAUUAGGCCGGCAACUGGUGCGAACGGCAUUGCCAUAGAGCUUGUGUAUCCUGAUGAAGACUUGUCACUGGUAAGUCGUAAUGACUUGAACGCAAAUUUCUUCAGGAGGAACUAAAAGCAGAGCUUCCGAAGUACAAGGAAAAGUUAGCACGCACGCUCAGGCCACCACCUCCGCCACCUAAUGUUGCUCCACAGGUUCCAGUCGUCGCUCCUCCUGCACCGCUCCCGGUUAUUCCUUCACACAUAGUUCCUGGAAUCCCGCCACAGGUUUAUGUGCCCAGGACCAUGCCUGUUUCGACACCACACCUGUCAUUUGUGCCUAUGCAACCACCAGGUAAAAACUCGUAUUUCCUAAUCACUCCUAUUUAUAGCUAUGCCGGGCUAUCCGCAACAAGUUCCGCAGGUGCCGCCCACAUGGACCGGUCUACCCAAUGUUCGGUUCUAACGCAAGUCAGUGGAUCGUACUAUUGUGAACUUUACCUUUUUCCAACCAGCUUGUUGACAUAGUUUGUAUAGGGCCGGUUGUGUAAAAAAUGUGACUUUUAUGCCGUUUUAUUUUCUCUUUUUCGAUGAAAGGACGAGAACAAGUAAGGACCUGUUCGCGGUCAGUCGUUGACGUUUUGACUGGGGUGCUGGUAUGUCGAAUAUUAUCAAAUGACGAAAUUAAGUAGCGUAAAAAUGUCCAGCUUUUUUGUGCUGAAUUGCCAGUAGUCUUGUGUGGCACGUCCAUAAGACGAGUAAUGUGAUUCCUUUCAACAGCUGUCUGGCACAAAUACCACCCUUUCAGCCAUCGGGCACGUAAGUCAAAUAAUGAUGGAUGUUUAGAUGUUAUGCUUCAUCGACAAAGAAGCUAACUUUUGGAGUGAGGUAG